GCCGGCCAGAACAGCGACAGGCCCCUCGCGCCGAUCGCCGGGCAAUGGGAGCUGGGCGGGGGCGGUGAUGGGCGCGGCGGGCUCCAGGUUGGAGAAGGCGCUGGGCGAGCAGUUCCCCGAGGGCGAGCGCUACUUCGGCCUCGAGAACUUCGGAAACACCUGCUACUGCAACAGCGUGCUGCAGGCACUUUAUUUUUGUGUUCCUUUCCGUGAUCAAUUGCUGGAGUACUAUGCAAACAAUAAAAACACCGGAGAUGUUGAAGAGAACAUGCUAACCUGCCUGGCUGAUCUGUUCUCUCAGAUCAGUAGCCAGAAGAAGAAAACAGGGGUUAUUGCUCCUAAGCGUUUUAUACAACGAUUGAAGAAACAAAAUGAGAUUUUCCGCAGCUAUAUGCAUCAGGAUGCUCAUGAGUUUCUGAAUUUUUUACUGAAUGAGCUAGUUGACAUUCUAGAGAAAGAACAUAAUGCUGCAAGAGAGUCUCUUCAAAAUCUCUCACUCCAAAAGAAUUCAAAUGGCCCUAUUGAUGGCCAACCCAAUGGUAGUCACAAAGAAUUAGCUGUCACAUGGGUUCAUAAAUGCUUCCAGGGAAUAUUGACUAAUGAAACAAGGUGUCUGAGAUGUGAAACUGUGACUGAUAGAGAUGAAACAUUUUUUGACCUGAGCCUGGACAUCGAACAGAAUAGUUCACUCACCAGCUGUCUUAAGAACUUCAGCUCAACAGAGACUUUGAAUGCAGAGGACAAGUUCUUCUGUGACAAAUGCUGCAGUUUGCAGGAAGCACAAAAAAGGAUGAAAAUAAAAAAACCACCAAACAUUCUAGUAAUUCAUCUCAAGCGGUUCAAGUAUAUUGAGCAGCUUCAGCGCUACAAAAAACUAUCAUACAGAGUGGUUUUCCCACUGGAGCUUAAACUUCUUAAUACAGUUGAUAAUUCGGACUUGGAAUACUCCCUUUUCGCUGUGGUAGUUCAUGUUGGAAGUGGGCCAAACCAUGGCCACUAUAUCAGUUUGGUUAAGAGCCACAAUCAUUGGUUAUUCUUUGAUGACGAGAACGUUGAGAUGACUGAUGAGUCCAUGGUACAGGCAUUCUUUGGCUCACCGCAGGAGUUCAGUGGUAAUACUGAUAAUGGCUACAUACUCUUCUAUGAAAGCCUUGCUGAAAGAAGUUGAUGUCCUUCUCAUACCAUGUGAUUAGUUAUACACUUUCCUUUCCCUUCCAUUUCUGCUGGGGAUAUAUAGAAUAUUCAGUGAAAACCAGAAUAAGCUGAAUGAGAGGCCUUCAGCUUCAGUUGGUAUGGUACGAUCAACGCUUGGCAAUAAAACAAGUUACCUGGAGGGGCUAUAGGCUGACUAGUUUGUAGUUCCUACUUUAUCUGUUUUUAUGCAUAUACAGGUUGUAUCAAUUCCUGAAUAAUGUUUGUUGAAGACCUUUAUUAUCAUGUAAAGAGAUUCUAUCUAGGAAGCCUUUUUUGGAUUCGAGUAAAAAAAUUGUUUCUUAAAUAAAUAGCUCAUGCCGAUCUUCAUUC